AUGAGCAAGGCCCACCCUUUGGAGCUGAAGAAAUUUAUGGACAAGAAGUUAUCACUGAAGUUAAAUAGUGGCAGAUAUGUACAAGGAAUAAAUAUUUGGGUACUGCAGGGCUUUGAUCUCCUUAUGAAUCUUGAGACUGAUGAAUGUGUGGAAAUGACAACUAGUGAGCAGCAGAACAACAUCGGAAUAGUGGUCAUAUGA